GACAGAUGAGUUCCGCGUAGUGCGCUCUGCAAAAAUGUACAUCUGGUUCACCGUGUUCGCCGGACUGGCUAUUCUGUCCUUAGCCUUCAUCAAGUCACUUUUCCCUCACUUUGUCGACGACUCCACGUACAUCCUGAGGAGCCUCAAACUCGGCGUCAGACUCGUCAAAUACAAGAAGAUCAAACCUUUCUACAGCAUCGUGGACUGCUUCUUGGAUGCAGUGAAGAGGCACCCCGAUAAGGUCUUCCUCCACUUUGAGGGUCGGCAGUAUUCCUAUGGAGAGGUGGAUAAACAGAGCAACAAGGUGGCCAGAGCUCUGCAGGCUGCAGCGGGGCUGAAGGAGGGGGACACGGUCGCUCUGUUUCUGGCCAACGAGCCCAGCUAUGUGUGGACUUGGCUCGGUUUGGCCAAGCUGGGCUGCCCUGCUGCCUUGCUCAACUUUAACAUCAGGUCCAAGUCUCUGUUGCACUGUUUCUCCUGCUGUGGGGCCAAAGUCAUCAUCGCCUCUCCGGAGCUGCAGGACGCUGUGGAGGAGGUUUUACCGACACUGAUAGAGCAGGAGAUCCGCGUGUUCCUCCUGUCUGAGUCCUGCAGCAUCGACGGCAUCAGUGCUUUGUCUGACAAGGUCUCCCAGGCUUCAGAUCAGCCACUGUCCCGGGACCUAAGGGCAAAUAUCAACAUCAGGAGCACGGCUCUGUACAUCUACACGUCAGGAACAACAGGUUUGCCUAAGGCAGCCGUUGUCACCCAUGAGAGGGUCUGGGCUGCCUCCUUCCUGCAGGCAGUGUGUGGAGUCACAGCGGAGGACGUCUUCUACAUCAACCUGCCUCUCUACCACAGUGCAGGCUUCCUCAUCGGGAUGGUCGGAGGCAUUGAGAGAGGUUUGACCAUUUUUCUGAGGAGAAAGUUCUCGGCCUCUCAGUUCUGGGACGACUGCAGGAAGUACAACGUGACGGUGAUGCAGUACAUCGGGGAAACAAUGCGCUAUCUCUGCAACACACCCCAGAAAGACAGUGACAAAAACCAUAGCGUAAGGAUCGCCAUCGGAAAUGGAGUUCGCGUAGACGUGUGGUCAGAGUUUCUGAGUCGCUUCGGUGACAUCAAAGUCAAAGAGCUGUACGCAGCCACAGAGGGAAACAUCGGCUUCAUCAAUUACACGUCCAAGAUCGGUGCUGUGGGACGAGUCAAUUUUGUCCACAGGUUUUUCUUCCCCUACACUUUAAUCAAGUUUGAUAUUGCGAAGGAGGAGCCUGUGAGGAACUCUGAGGGUCUGUGCAUCCAAGCAGCCAGAGGUGAGACGGGACUGUUAGUUGGAAAGGUCACUCAAAGGUCUCCUUUUGUUGGCUACGCUGGAAACAAGCAGCAGACUGAGAAAAAGAGGCUUCGUGACGUGUUGAAAAAAGGCGACCUGUACUUCAACACCGGAGAUUUACUUCGGUUUGAUCACAACAACUUUGUGUACUUUCAGGAUCGUGUUGGUGACACUUUCAGGUGGAAAGGAGAGAAUGUCGCCACAUCAGAAGUUGCAGAUAUUCUUACACUGGCUCAUUGCAUCCUGGAGGCGAAUGUGUAUGGGGUUCAAGUUGAAGGUCAUGAGGGUCGGAUUGGCAUGGCAGCUCUCACUUUGAAAGAAGGAGAGGAUUUUGACUCUUCAGACGCUUACAAACAGGUCAUCACCUACCUCCCGGCUUAUGCAAGACCUCGAUUCAUCAGGAUCCAGCCAUGUCUGGAGAUGACGGGGACGUUCAAGAUGAAGAAAGUAAAGCUGGUGGAAGAGGGAUUCAACCCAGAUCACAUCAAAGAUCCUUUAUACUUUUUAGAUCCUGAGAAAAAGAUGUAUGUUCCCAUGACUGAGGAGAUCUACAGAGCAAUCGCUUCAAGAGAAAUAAAACUCUAACAGAACUCAAAGCCAGUCUUGUUUCACAAGAGGGAUCACUAGUUUUUUGAAAGUAGCAGCUCGUUCAAGGAACUAUUUUUUUUAUCUUGUGUUUCUGAUGAGAGUGAGAUAACGGCACCAGUUGGUAAGCAUUCACCACGACACAAUGCAGUGUGUCCUCAUAUUUACUGUCCAUUCCCUCUACAGCCCUACGCCCUGCUAAUAACAAGAGUAAAGGCUAACAAACUAACAGGUUAAGAUGAACAAAUCACCGGCAGAACAAGUAUUCCAAGUAAUAAAAUAAUGAAAACCAAGUCUAGAAACCUUAUCCACAUUAUUUUAUAUAUAUAUUUUUUCUUUAAUGGUUUAAUUCCAGGUAUUUGUUUCAGGGAAAAUUUAGGGAAUCAUUGGGGGAAUCAUUAAGGGAAAUAUGUAUUUUGUUUGUGUCAUUCAUAAGAGGCGAGCGGAAAAUGUGUUGAAAUGAAUCGUAUACCAAAUUUAUUCGAGAAUUUUUAGUUUUACUCUAUAAACGUGAUUACAUAUUCUGGAUCUCUUAUAUAUAGAGUGAAGUCGUCUGCAUACAGUGAUAUUUUGUGUUUAUUUCAGGGCGGAUGAGUCAUAAUAUUAAAUGUUUUCUCGCAUGUACUUAAUGAAAAUGCAUAAUGAAGAUAUGAAUUCAUUUAAAAAUCUGUGAUCACAUUAUUUAUUUUUUUCUCAUAAUAACAAGUGAACUUCUUGAAAGGGCUGAAAUUCAUGAUUCACGGGAUUCCAGCAUUUUUACUGUGAAAACAAGUUAAUGAAGUUAAGAUCUCGAGAAAACAACUGAAAUGUACAGGUCAUCACAGGAAAACGAAGUUAAGUUAAAUAAAAUGUAUCGAUGCAUGUCCGCUUCGGGCUUCCAUACAACAAAACCCUCCCAUAGGAUUUAAUUUAGAAAUAUCUUAAAAUAAAUGUUUACUGUGGCCAUCAUUGAUAAAAUCACACAGUUAAUUUUGCCGCAUUCUGCUAACCCUUUUGAAGACUUUUGUUAUGAAUUAGAUUUCUUGUUGUAAGUAUUCUGAUUAGAUUGUUCCAAAUAGAAUUAAGCAUGAAAUUGAAAUCCUCACCCAUCACUUCAAACCCUUUGACUGGCAAAAUAAGAGCAAAGGUGAUUGAUGCCUACAAAUAGAUUCAAAACAAACAUCUGUUUGGGAACAUUUGUAACAUUGAACUACUCUCAGGAACAGACUCACUGUGAAACAUUACAUCAUGUUAAAAGAGACCGCUCUUUGAGUAACACGUGUACUGAGCAGCUCUACAUUUUCUGCACAUGUUGAACAUAAUGCAGACGUGUGUAACACAAAGGUAUGUCUCACUGCCUCUGUUGUAGUUUUAAUAAAUACACUCUGGUUUCUUUUUCCCUUUGA